AUGGAGGAUGAAGGAGACAACACCUGUGUCAGGUGUGACCAGGUGAAUUUUCUCCUCAAUCUGGUGGCUGAGCUCAAGGAUGAAGUUGCUGAGCUAAAAGAUGAAGUAGCAAGGCUCAGGACUAUAUGGGAACGUGAACAGGAGUUAGACAUCUGGGAGCAGGCUUUGCAGACCUCCCCUGUCGAGGGAGGCAUCCCCAGAAACAGGGAGGGAUGGAUACAGGUCCCUGUCAGAAGAAGCAAGGGGAACCCAUCCCGGCCCUCUUCCCCUCCCCUGUUGCCCUUGCACAAUAAGUACGAGGCCCUGCAGGCCGAGGGCAAUGUGGAUAAGAGGGCUGAAGAGGAACCACCUAAGGAUAUACCUAAGGUGACCUUCCUCUUUGUUUCCUCACAGGUGUCUUACAGAGCCCAGCAAGGACUAGCAUCCAGCCCUGUUGUCAAGAUGGUGGCCAUCUGGGGCUUGGCCUUCCUUCUCCACUGCCCAGCAGUCCUCCUUUGGGAGCAGGUGGCCGGGCACAGCAUGGUAGCAGUGGAUCAGUGCUACGCUGAGUUCUUUGACAAUUGGUACUUCCUCCUGCCUGCAUCCACCCUGGAGUUCUUCCUGCCACUGCUCUUGGUGACCUACUUCAACGUCCACAUCUUCCACGACAUCCAGAGGUGCCAGCGGCACAGUGCCGCGGGACCCAGCAGCCUGUCCUGCCGGCUUUGCCUCUCACCAAGGCCAGGAGCAUCUUCUCCUCCUGCACUGGAAGCAGAAGACAGUGUUUCCUCCUCCAUGAGGCCAAAGAGGGAGGCCAAAGUGGGUGAGAAUUCCUCACCGUCCGGAGGGGAUUCUGUAACCCCAGAGAAUGACUUCCCUGUCCCGUCCGGCAUGAGGAGCAGGGCGAGGCUGCGGUGGGACAGGAGAACGGCCAAGUCCCUGGCAGUCCUUGUCUAUGUGUUUGCCAUCUGCUGGGCCCCAUACACUCUGCUGAUGAUCACCUGUGGGGCCUGACAGGGCACCUGUGUCCCCAACUCCCUCUAUGAAAUGACCUUCUGGCUCCUCUGGCUCAAUUCCUCUCUGAACCCCUUCCUCUACCCUCUCUGUCACAUGAAAUUUCGAAUGGCUUUCAGGAAGAUAUUGUGCCCCAAAAAGUUUGCAGCAUUGGAACCAGGCUCCUUUUAG